AUGGCCAUGGCUCCUCUUCCACAGCCAGGCUGGCUCAAGCCGUGGCGGCUACAGCAAGAGAGGAGCAUGGACCCUGGGCCAGGCUUGCCAGGGUCAGUCGACUGCGAGAUCGUGAGCGAGAUACCGAGGCCCAACCCGCCACCCGUCCACCGCCGCCGUGGCGAAGGACUGCACGUGAGGCUCUGGGAGUACGGCGGCACCAUCUGGACAGAGUCGCACAUCUACAGCCACUGGCUCGAAGCCGACUGCUCCAACAACGGCGACGAUCUGGACGUGCACCUGCCGUCCGUUUCGGUGCAGGGCCUGAUGCAGCUCCGGCGGUGCCUGGACCACCCAGGGGCCCUGUGCCUCGAUCCGCCUUCGGACGGCGGCACCGAGGACGCCUUCCUCUGGGGCAACCUGUGCUCGCGGCUGGACGAGCCCGCCUCUGUGGAGGCCCAGCGCGCGCUGAGCAAGCGCCGCGGCCCGUGCAACGCGCAGCAGGCGGCCCCCCCGCAGCCGAAGUCGCAGGCCCUGGAGAUGAUGCAGCCCGAGGUGGGUGCUGAGUGCAUGGACGUCUCCAUCUGUGCCCUCGAGGGCCUCCAGGAGGACAGCGCCCCGGUCAUGAUGCUGCUGCGGUGCGAGCGGCCGCUGGCCUCGCUGCGCUAUGCCGCCCUCGUCGCCUGCGCCAGCGCGGGAGGUGCGCAGGCGCUCCACGCAGCACGCGAGGUCGCCAAGGCGCUCGCUACGGCGUUUCUGGACGAGCGCUUCGUGCGCGAGGCGUCCAGGGCGCCUCGGCAUCAGCCCUCUCGCGUGGUUGAGGCCUUCGACAGCUUCCUUUCCAUGCUGACCAUCGUGCCGACCGUUCACCUGCGGAGCAAGGAGUCGGGUACGGCGUCACUGCCGUUGGCCAACUUGAAGUCGAACGAGGCCAGUACUGGCGACGUCCUGCUCUCCGACUCUCUGCAGCACCAGAUGGAGAGCCUCCUCUGCAAGUCGCUCGGCGUGACGCCACCGUCGCGGACCUGUUCUAGCAAGGGCAUGGCCGAGGACGAGCGCGUCAAGUCCCACUGGAAGCGCUGCUUCGUGCAGGUGGACUGCCUGGACUCCGCGACCCAGGAGUGGAAGACGACUCACCAGCUGCGUCAGGGCAUGGAGAUCGAUGCUGGCUCGGGCAAGAAGCCCCACCUGCCCCACGCGUCGGCGGCAGGGCUCUCGAAGAUCCGCGGGCUCAUCGCCCCCCACAGCGUGGCGCUGAACGUCACAGCCAGCAGCGGCACCGCCGCGGCCGCCUUGGUCGCCCAACAGCUCGGCCGGGCGGGUCUCCCUCCCGGCGCGGCAGAGGCGGUGGCGUCCGCGUUGAGGGACCGAGCCACGCGGGGGGCCUCCCCGCCAGAACUGGCGGAGCCGGACUCCCCAACCAAGGCUUGCACUCCUUUCGUGAUGGAGGGGGGCCACGAGUGGGAUCUGGUGGCCCCCUGCGAGGAGGACGACUCCUUCCUCAUCCUGCUCGUCUCCAGCGAGGAGGUCCCAAGCAGCACUGGCAUCGCGAGCGCGUGCCUGAGGUUCAGCAAUCCCGUCGAGUUCGCGCAGUGCGAGACGGUGGUUCGCUUCCUCGUAGUCCUCGUGGGGCCUGUGGGCGCCGCCGACGAGAUAUCACAGAUCGGGAACUCCCUGGCCGCCCUCGCGGUCGACGAGGACCUCGUAGGCAGCCUCGACAAGGCGGUCGACGGGGUGUCGUUCUCGGCUGCCAUGCACCGGCGACUGAACGACAUUCCCGUCAUGCCAAGGUCGCGCCUCCAGGGGCACGGCCACCAUCACGAGCUCGGUGCCCAAAACCCACCAGAGUCGAGCCCCAGAGGCAGCCCGACGGAGAGCCCCAGGAGCACCGCGAAGGGCAAGAAGAGCAGCAAGGCUACAGGCGAUGAGCAAGAAUUCCAGGAACACUCGGCUGACCGAAUGCACGAGCGAGACCCGGCAACCAUGAGCUUGUGCAGACGGAUGUGGUUCUACGCCAGGCCUUUGCGCCAUGCGAUCCAGAAGUAUUCCCUGCCCCUUGUCUGUGGCGUGCUGCUGGCCUUGACGUGGGUCAACGUGGACGAGCACAGCUAUCAUACUGCAAUACAUGGGUAUUUUUCUGACGAUCUCUCCAUCUUUGGUCACAAGGUCAGCUUACACUUCAUCGUGAACGACAUCUUCAUGUGCUUUUUCUUCGGCCUGGCGAUCAAGGAGGUCACGGAGGCCCUCCUGCCCGGCGGGUCGCUAUCGCCACUGCGCAGGGCGGCCAAUCCGUUGUGCGCAACCCUCGGAGGCAUCAUCGGCCCCAUCGUGUGCUACUUCAUCAUGACGCUCAUGCUGGAUGCCUUCGGUGCCUUCGACGGCGAGGAAUGCCAGGUCGAGGUGGAGGGCCGACGCCUCGCAGGCGGGAGCAGCGGCGGCCAGUUCACGGGCGAGGUUGCUCCCUGCAAGCUGCAGGCCAUCCUCAACGGCUGGGGCGUGCCCACGGCGACAGACAUCUCGCUCGCCUGGAUGUUCGCGCUGCUGAUCUUCGGUCCAGGCCACCCCGCGAUCAAUUUCCUGCUCCUUCUGGCCAUUGUAGACGACGCGAUCGGCAUGGUGAUCAUCGCCGUCUUCUACGGCGACAAGGACAAGCCGUUCUAUGAGGGCAAGGAGUGGCUCGGGCUGGUUGUCUGCGCCGCCAUCCUUGCCUACAUCCUUCGGCGCCUGCGAGUCCAGCAGUGGCCAGUCUUCAUCCUCGUCUGCGGCCCCGUCUCCUGGAUAGGGCUGCUGAAGGCCCACGUGCACCCGGCGCUUGCGCUCGUCGCGGUCGUGCCGUUCAUGCCAGCGACGCACGCCAUCAAAAAACAAGGUAGCGACAAGAAGGGAUUGGGCGCUGGGGUGGACUGGUCGUCCAGGUCCUCGACGAGGGUGCUGAAAGGGAUGCUGCUGAAGGCCGCGCCCCUAGCUCAGUACCUCAGCAAGAGUACGAGGGGAAACACGGUAGUGGGCAACAUGAUGCAGCUCUUGCAGAACCAAGAGGAUGCUCCACUCCACUUGUUCGAACACCAUCUGAAGCUCCCGGUCGACAUCGGCAUGUUUUUCUUCGGCCUGGCCAACGCUGGUGUGAAGUUGGGAUCGGUGGGCAACGUUACCACCUGCGUCCUGACGGCCCUCAUUGUGGGCAAGACCCUGGGUGUCGCAGGCUUCGCGAUGUUCGCGCAGUGCUUGGGCUUCGGCCUCCCGGCCGGCAUCACGAUAGGCGACCUGUUCUCGAUGGGGGCUCUAGCUGGCGUCGGACUCACCGUGGCCCUGUUCGUGUCGAACGAGGCUUUCACAGACCCUGGGCUUCAGGGGCAGGCUAAGAUGGGGGCCUUGCUCUCCAUCGGGUCUGCUGGCUGCUCUUGGCUUAUCAAAGCUGUACACAGGAGGUUGAGCACGGGGAGCCUUGACGAAACCAGCGAUAAUGUCAUGGCCCUGGGGGACAGCGAUGACGAGGACCUAGAGCGGACGAGGAGUGGACUCGAAGAGGAAGGCGAGGGAUUCGAAGAUGUGAUUACCCAGGAGCUCAUGGAGAAGAUGUGGGAGUUCAGGCGAUACAAGGCGAGGGGGCACCAUUUGAAUAUCGACCACAUGGCGAGGUCGGUCACGAGGAAAGUCUCCAGGAACCCGACUGCAUCCCGAACCCCCAAGAUUGCGACACCCUCGUCUCGCGAUGACGACGGCAUCAAGCACUCUACUAGCGAGAGCAGAUUAGGGCAAUUUCGGCUCGAGCUGCCGCGAAGCACCAAGAAGCACGCCACGUGCGACGGGAUGCUACGGUGA